GUUCAAAUUUUAUCUAUUAUCGGUCGGCGUGCAGUUGGAAACGUAAACGUUGUCAUUUUUCCACUUAUUUUGUAUCUUUGCUCCACGUGUAUUAAGUAAAAUGCAUCUUUCUAUAGUUGUAAUUUUCCUGAUUUGCUUAGUUCUUCCUACUCUAGGCGCAAUAUGUCAAAACCCAAAAGUUGAGCAAACUUCAUAUACAACUGUUGAUGGAAUGGUCAUUUCUGAUGUUGCUUUUAUUACAGAAUUCACACUUUCAUGCGAUUCUGGAAAGAAGGAUUAUAUUCUGUUUGCUGAUAAGAAAGGAAAACAACUUCCUGCUCUAAGAUCUGCAGAUAAUACUAAAUACCAGAUAAGUUGGACUGAAAGUGCAGAGUCACUUUCUAGUGGAGAGCAUGGUGUUAAUGUAUAUGAUGAAGCAGGAUAUGUUGCAUUUAAAAAAGCACAGAGGAACAGUGGAGAUACUUCUGAAGUUCCAUCCGCUUUCUUCCUUUCACUGUAUCACAGGGGCACUUAUUAUGGACCAUGGGUAUCAACUGAAUUUAUAGCUGCAACCACUAGCAUUUUGCUAUGGUACAUUGCCUUCUCAGCCAGAUCAAAUCUCAUGUCAUCAUAAAAAAUUUAAUAAUAAAAAGUAUUUUGAUAAUUUA